UAAAAAAUAAAGAACGAUAGAUGAAAUGUGAAAAACAGCUUAUAUAAUUUUCUCCACAAUUGGUUGCAUUUCAUUGCACUUCUGAUUCUGUGUCCAAUCCCAGCAAAGGACAGUGCAUGUAUAGUCAUCAACCACAACUGACAAGAUGUGUAAGUGAAUUGUAAAGAAGGCAGAUAGGAGGCAUCAUUGGCCAUGGAGAGGUUAUUGGUAGUUUUGAAGGUAUCAUCACUUUGCUGCUUGCUUUUGGGUUAUGGGAGGAUUAUGGUGGAAGCAGCACCAGAGGUUUCUUUGAUUAUAAGUCUUCCAGGGUUCAAUGAUACCUUCCCUUCAAAACACUAUUCUGGGUAUGUGACCAUAAAUGGCAAUCCUACUCCUCCAAAGAACCUUUUCUACUACUUUGUUGUCUCCGAAAGAAAUCCAUCAAUGGAUCCGAUAGUUUUAUGGCUCAAUGGCGGACCUGGUUGCUCUAGCUUCGAUGGCUUCGUCUAUGAACAUGGACCAUUCAAUUUUGACGCUGGAAAACCUACAGGAAGCCUGCCUAAAUUGCAUCUCAAUCCAUACAGCUGGUCUAAGGUUUCGAACAUCAUAUAUUUGGACUCCCCUGCUGGUGUUGGAUUCUCUUACUCUAAAGACACGACAAAUUAUGUUACAGGAGACUUUCAGACUGCCAUUGAUACUCACAAUUUUCUACUUGAGUGGUUCAAUAUAUACCCGGAAUUUGUUUCCAAUCCAUUUUAUAUCGCAGGAGAGUCCUAUGCCGGCAUUUACGUGCCAACUCUUGCUUCUCAAGUAGCGAAAGGAAUCAAAGAUGGAGUGAACCCUAUCAUCAAUUUUAAGGGGUACAUGAUAGGCAAUGCAGCCACAGAUUAUAAAUAUGAUGGCAAUUCUCUUGUCCCAUUUGCACAUGGAAUGGCCCUUAUCUCUGAUGAUAUCUAUGAGGAAGCUGUGACCACCUGCAAAGGAAACUACUAUGACCCACCAAACAAUAACUGCAACAUUGUGCUUAAUAAAAUUGACCAGGAGGUAAGUGGUCUAAAUAGGUACGACAUCCUGGAGCCCUGCUACCAUCGCCCGACAACAAAAGAAGAUAUAAAUGAAAACAAAAACACAAAUACAAGUACCAUACCAUUAAGUUUCAAGCAAUUAGGGGUGGCAGAGAGGCCUCUUGCUGUUAGAAAACGGAUCUAUGGUCGUGCAUGGCCUUUUCGAGCACCAGUAAGAGCUGGAAUUAUUCCUAUGUGGCCCGAGUUAAUGAAACAGGCUGGCCGUGGCGUUCUAUGCGUGGAUGAUACAAUAGCGACAGCAUGGCUGAACGAUGAUGCAGUUAGAAAAGCGAUACAUGUGAAUCAAGAAGUUGAAGCUUGGAACUUAUGUAGUGCAGCACUUACAUACUAUAGUGAGGCAGGAAGCAUGAUUCCCUACCACAAAAACCUCACUGCUCAAGGAUAUCGUGCACUGAUAUAUAGUGGAGAUCAUGAUAUGUGUGUUCCAUACACGGGGAGCCAGGCAUGGACUGGGUCUCUUGGGUAUGAGAUUGUGGAUAAAUGGAGACCUUGGAUGUCUAAUCAACAAGUUGCUGGGUAUACACAAGGAUAUGAUACUGGCCUCACCUUUCUCACCAUCAAGGGUGCUGGACAUACGGUACCUGAAUACAAGCCAAGAGAGUCGUUGGACUUUUACAGUCGUUGGUUAGAAGGAAAACAAAUAUGAUUGUGACGGGGAAUUCAAAGUUGAUGGAAAAAUAUAGCGAGUAAUAAUCUUUGUACUCGGAACACUUUCAGAAAAAAUUCAUUUGAGUUGAUCAAUGGGAAUGAUAACAUUCCUAAUUUUUACAAAAGAAAUUAAUUGUACUAAGAGGAGAUGAUUUGAUCAGUCUUAACUGCUUUGGCAGCUAAUAUGUGAUAAUCAACUGCAUUAAAUAAACACU